UGUUGCUUCCUCUAGCUUUUCUCUGCAACCAAACAGAGGAUUAGUUCAUUAGUUCUAUCAAUUUCAUAAGCAAGAAACAAAUUUUCUGAGGAAAAAUGCCUUGCCAUGCCAUUCGUGGAUGGAAUUUUAGUGAGCUCGUGGGUGCAUUUCUUGAUCUUUCCAUUACCUUCCUUCUCCUGUGCGCAUCAACUCUUGCUUACUUCGCCUCCAAAUUUCUAGGCUUGUUUGGAUUGAACUUGCCAUGCCCUUGCAAUAGCUUUUUUGCAAGUUCUGACAACACCAACAAUACCUGCUUGCAAAGACCAUUAGUUGAUUACCCUUCGCAGAAAAUUUCAUCUGUUCAAUCCUCUGUGAAAAGCAAGUUCCCUUUCGGUUCGAUAGGGAACGAUUUGCAGUGGAAUUCCAACAAGGAAAAUGAUAAACAUGAGGGUGUCGGAUCGGAGGGUGAGGUCUCAUGUAUAUCAUCUUCAGAGAGGAGGACAGACAACAAUACAGGCGGAGAUUUGGCUAAGAUGAAAGAAAAGAGUUUUGUGAUGGGUGCAAUGAACUUGCCGGAUGUGAAAGAAGGAAGACAUGAGUUGAAAGGGAAGUGGAUUUCUCGCCACAGAUCAAGACAUGGCCUCAGACGCCGCAGAAAAGGCUCUGUUGAUCACAAUGGGAAGUUUUCCUGGGUUCCAUCAUAUAAAUCAUUAUGGUCGAAUGUAGAAACACCUCAAUCGGCUUCUGCCAGAAUCAGUAAAUUGGAGGAUGAAGCCGACAAGGAUCCUGCUAACUUUGAAGGUGCAUCAGCCUGUAAUGUGAAUGCUUGUGAAAUUUUGAAUGCAAAGGAAGCCUCGGUGGAUAUUGGUUCGAAGAGAAAGUUUUCCCAUGGUUUUGAAUUGAAUGAAUCUGUAGAUGAGAAUGAACCCACAGAGGAAAGUGCAUUAACUGCUGAUGAGAUCAAUUCAAAUGCGGAUCAAGGUUCAGAUUGCAAUGCAAAGAGUACAAUAAGACUCCUGGAACAAGCACUGGAAGAGGAACAUGCUGCCAGGGCUGUCCUUUACAUCGAACUAGAGAAAGAGAGAAGCGCUGCUGCUACUGCUGCAGAUGAGGCCAUGGCUAUGAUAUUGCGUCUACAAGAGGAGAAGGCAUCUAUAGAAAUGGAAGCAAUGCAAUGCCAGAGGAUAAUAGAAGAGAAAUAUGCAUAUGAUGCUGAAGAAAUGAACAUUCUCAAAGAGAUUCUAGUAAGGAGAGAGAGGGAAAAGUAUUACUUGGAGAAGGAAGUUGAAGCCUACAGGCAAAUAAUUUAUGGGAAUGAACAGUUGGAUGCAGAAAUGUAUGGUGUGGCAGAAACAAAGGGGGAAAUAAUAUUAUAUUCAAGCAACGAAGAUAUGCCGCCACAGCCGAGUAAUGAUUCUACUGACAAGGAGGAGAAGGAAUUUCCAAGUAAAAAAUACAGUGAAGAUAAUUCAAAUCGAGUGGACAUUCCAAGGCAUCCAAGUCCUGAAAAAAAUCCUGAUGAGGAAAGGAAAGCACAGAAAAUAAAUGCAACUUCAAAGUUAAUUCAGUCUACUAUUCCUCCAGCACAUAAUUUGCAUCAGAAAGCUAUUGAUCAUAAAGAAAGUGAAGGUGCUAUUCAUGAUGUUCAUGUCAUUGAUGAUCAAGCCAGUGUCUAUAAGCGGGUCAUGAGAGACAAAAAUAAGCAGCUUUCGAUGAAUGCUGCUGCUACCUCAAAAAAUCCUAACAUUCCCAUUGGAUUACCACCAACUGGUAGUUCAAGAAGCAGAUCCUUACGUUCUGAUAUGCGAAGAAAAUCCAUGUCUGCAUUUGAUGCUGAAAGGUUUAAAAUUGACAAUGAGAUUAGUUGGCUCAGAGAAAAGCUAAAAUUUGUGCAAGAAGGAAGGGAGAAGCUACAGUUCACUAAAGGGAACCCGGAAAGAGAGAAAAUUCAGCUACAAAUUGUGGAGGAUAUCAUCAGUCAGCUUCGAGAGAUUCGACAUUUAACAGAACCUGGAAAGGCUGCCCGCAGGGCCUCAUUGCCUCCUCUAACAUCUAAUGUUAUGUCAAAGAAAAGGCGUUGGCGAAGCGGUCCUUUGCUGGUGGAAGGGAGCAGUUAAGAUAGUGCAGACACUUUUCAUGGCUCUGAUAGCACCUGCAAUUUAAUAUUUCACUCCAUUUUUCAGUGGGACAAGUGAAUAUAAAACCAACCUUGUUUUUUU